CGCGCGCUGUUCAGUGGUUCGCAGCCGCCGGCGUCGCCGGUGAGCAGCAUAGCGUCGAGCGCGGUGACGGCGCGUGAAGAGGACGACGCCGUGAGCGUCGAGAGCGACUUCUUCAGCGACGCGGCCAGCGACUUCGAGGGCGCGGGCGAGGGCGCCGCCGCCGUGGACUGGCUGCCCGUGCUCGACGAGACAGCACCUCCAACUACAGCCGCCCAUGCUGAUCAAGCUGCUGCCGACCAAGUUGCCGCCGGCGGUCAAGAUGCUGACGCGCGGACCCACGAUGCUACCGACCAAGCUGGCGAUGACCGUGCUACUACUGCUGGAGGUGGCCGUGCUGCUGCCUCCACGCUCGCCGCGCCCAUGCCCGGCAACGACCAGACGAGCGAGCCCCAGAGCUCACGUCUGCUCGGUGCCGCCGCUGUCAGUGGCAACUCCGAAACAGCUCCUGCUGCCGAUGAUGCCCCGCCGCUGGCCACGCUCUCGGUCUUCGCGCACAACGCGACCUCGUUCAGGUGCAUCGCGUGCGCCUUUGCAGCGCCGCAGAUUGCAGACCUCCACGCUCACCGCUGCCGGCAGCACCGCGGCACCACAUUCACGGACGUGUUCCAUGGCGGAUGCGCCUGUGCCGCGUCGUUCGCCCAGCGGGCAGCGGCAACGAGACACAGCCUCCGCUGCGGAACUGCGUCAAGCGCUCUUGGCGCCGCGCGCCCGACGCAGCAACCAGCACCUGCAGACACAGAGGCGGCUGGAGGAGGGCCCACGGUGACACGCCGUAAUCCUCCCCCAGACUCAGCCAUCACUAACACUUCUCCCUCUCGGUCGUGGCGUGCGCAUCGUUCUCGUCUUUGUGUCCUUUCUCGCGCCACAGGUUUCCUGACGACGAAUGCAUCGCUGACCGAGGCAACUGCGCCGCUGCGGGCUUGUUUAGAUCUCUGCCUCCCGCUCAGCGAUUGGAACCGCUCACUGCAAGCCUUAACCUCAGUCAUUUGA